GAUCAGUAGUUGGGUCGGUGACGACCAGCGAAUCCCCGGUGUUGUAUGUUUUUGACUUUUUUGCUCUCGGGGAGGCUCCAUUCAGAGUCUUGGCGUGCUGUUGUUGACACCCCCUGAGCCCCUUUUCAACAAGAUAUAUUAAUUGAUGAGAAAUGUGCGACUCUUAACUGGGGGUAGUGGGGCUUUGGUAGCGCUUCACGUGGGUUUCCUGCCGAGUACGAAAGCGAAGCCACAAGUCAUGGGAUGGGUGCUCGGUGUCUGCAUCGCGGCCACGCUUUUGCCCGAGUCCCCGAGGCAGAUGAUCGAUAAUCACGAGCCAUCGCGCAAAAUACCACCGCACCACCGACAGAUCGCCCCGUACCCCGCCCGGGGAACCCACAACCCUCUCCACCAGCGGCCCCAUCCGCUCCGUGCUGUCUGGGGUUUAGUGGAGAUUCCGUUGAGGCGGUACCUCGUGUGGGCUUGGGAAUGUUACCCAUAAAAGUUUCCAUGUCCACUCACAAGGGGCUAGAACUGGUACAUAGCUAUAAGGACGAGAAAGCGGCCCCUUUGAAUAACAACACAACGAGGGCAAGAAGCUGUGGUUGUUGCGGGGAGGCCGAGAACGUGGAUCUGGACCUGGCAGUUCACUUUCUUAUUUGAGUUAUUUCGGGCCUUGUCCCGGUCAAUGCUAUCUCCUGCCUUGCGGCGUAACUCUCUGGCAGUCUGGCUUCAAACCAUC